AUGCAAUCGAGAACUUCGGAUUACGAGGUCCGUAUAGACUGUGCAGCGCUGCCAAAAACAUCGGAUCCGAUUCCACACCAAUUCGCCGACAUUUCCGACUGGGAACAUCAUCCCAGCAAGCCGCUGGCAGACGAUCGAUUCAACAUUCCCGGCGAAGUGGAUCUACUACUUGGAACCAGCGUAUUCUACAACCUUCUGCAUUCCGAUCGCAUGCCGCUGGAUGCUUGCCAAGCCGGUGCUGCAAGAAACGGCUUUAGGCUGGGUGUCUCUAAGUUCUGGGAGAUCGAAGAUUUCAAUCCCAGUCAGCAUCUAACGAAGGAGGAGCAGUUCUGCGAGGAGCUCUACACUAAGACUACGGUGCGCAAUGCCAGCGGACGCUACAUAGUGAAACUGCCGUUCAUCCGCGAUCCUACAGCGAUUGGAGAAACCGGCUACUCCGUGUUGGCACAGUUUACGGCAAUGCAACGGCAACUGCAGCGGGAUCCGGAAAAGUACGUACUCUACCACAAGUACGUGGAAGAGUUCCUUGCAAACAACCACAUCACGAGGGUUGCACCCGAUCCAAAUCACCCGAAGAUCAUUUACCUGGCGUAUCACGGCGUCAUCAAGGCUGAAAGCUCCACUACGAAGCUUCGAAUGGUGUUCAAUGCAGCAAAGAAAUCAUCGAACGGACUGUCACUCAACGACCUGUUGGCGAUCGGACCCAUCGUGCAGGAUACGUUGUAUAACUUCCUGAUGAACUUCCGAUUGUAUCCAGACGAACGAUGUGACAACCCCGUAACAUCCACAGACGAACUGAACCAAAACGUGCAGGUACCAAGGGGCUUCCGAGUGCUGUCGAUUGCAAUCGAUGUCGGUCACAAGUCUUUCAGCUACUAUGCAAAUGGAGUGUACUACGAACCGGAAUGCAUGAACAAUUAG